AUGUUUUCGGUGCAGAAGAGGCUCGUGUGCCUUCUCUCUUGUAACAAGUCCAACAUUCAUCUUUCCUCCUAUCAACUCUGCAGUCUGUUUAGCUUUUCCACUGCCGAAGAGCACAGUUUAAAUCAUAGAUCCAACUUUACGUUGGUCGACCCCCUUGAGUCAUGUGAACUUUCCUCAAAAGAGGCUGCAAAAAGGGCCAAGGAUGGCAUCUGUGAAAAAGAACUUUCAAGUUCAAGUCUUUCCAUUGAGUUCUUCAAGCAGAGCGGUUGGACUGAUGCACAAGUCGUGAAGCUUAUGCAGAAGCAUACCAGGUUUCUACGUGCUAACUUAGAGACUGUCCUGAAGCCGAAGAUAAGAUCUUUGCAGGACAUGGGAUUUUCUGACACUGAAAUAGUUCAGCUGGUUUCAUCAUGUCUGGGUCUGCUCCAUUUUCGUGAUAUCCAACCAAGGAUCAACUUCUGGAGGUCACUUCUUGGUUCUAAUGAGAGGUUAAUUAAGGCCUGCAGGAGGAACAUGUUUCUCCUUACUUCUAGCUUGGCUCAAAAGAUUGAGCCCAAUAUAUCUCUCUUGAGGGAAUGUGGCAUCAGUGAGCAAAACAUCGCGCAGAUGGUAGUGAGACUACCAAGUUUUUUAUGUCAUACAGAAAAAUGUAUCAAGGAAGCGAUCAAACAUGUUGAGGAGUUGGGUGUGUCACGUGACUGUAAAACGUUCCCUCGUGCACUUUUAACAGUCGUGACCCUGAGCAGGUCCAGGCUUGAUGCUACCUUUGCAACCCUGAUCAGCUAUGGGUGGUCCCAACCAGAUUGCGUUGCUGCAUUCAGGAAGCAUCCAUCCAUUUGGUCUUUGUCAAAGAAGACCUUAUGUGACAAGAUGACAUUCCUGAUGAAGGAAGCUGGUUGUGAGCUGACAUAUAUCAUUUGCCGUCCGGUGCUUCUUACAUAUAGCUUGGAGAAGAGGUUGAGACCUCGAUAUGAAGUUCUGAAUUUUCUUGAUCAGAAUAAAUUGCUGGAUAAAGGACAUGACCUGCUAUCUGUCAUCCUGCUAUCUGAAGAGAAGUUCAGAAACAAAUUCCUUUUCGUGCUACGCAAGGAGAAAUUUAUUGCUCGAUAUGAUUCCUAUGUUGCUGCUGUGCGUGGAAAGCACCACGUUGUUGUGGAAAACUAG